AUGGAGGCUGUCGAGACGGUCGGCGAGCGCGGUCGCUGGUGCCGGUGUGGUGGGAACCGCGCUCCCGUCCGCCUGAGUGUGAGGUCUUGCAGCGCAUACAAGGCGGAGAAGCGCGCGGGGCGGGGGCGGGGCGGGGCGGGCGGCGCGGGGGGCGCGGGCGGGGCGGGCGGCGCGCACCCCGAGCCCGCGCCGCCUCUGGCGCCGCCGCUCGAGCCGCACCACGCGCGCCGCUACAACGACAUGGCUCCCAAGCAUUGGGAGGAAGGACCUCCGCGCUACCACGGCCCUACUGAGUACGAGCGACCACCACCGUAUUACUAUCCCGGACCCAAUGAUAGACAG